UUUAUUUCGUAUGUUGAACAACCUUAGGUACCAACGGACUCUAUAUUCUAUCAGUACUAUAUACGAGACCGUUGAGUACGACGGGCUCUUUUGCUAGGUAUUACCGCUAAGACUGACGGCGAUCUCCACGGUGAACCUCCAACGAUGGAUCUCAACAGCCUCAACCACAAUCUUAACGGGCUCGUCGCAUCAGCGCUCGACGUAUUCCGACGAAACCGAACGGUCAUCACAGCUACUGCCGCCGUCGUUGCAGCUGGCAGCACUAUUUCGAUUUUCUCGCGCAUAAUAUCCGACUACCGCGCCUGGCACGCCCUCGGACCUAAUGGCGUACCCUUGAAUCCCUUCGGCUAUGUCGCACAAUCUAUCGCCGGUCUCGUUGCUCGUCGGGAUGUGCGCGACCCCAAGCCUUACGAUGAUGCCAAACUCUCGGAGACCAUGUACGGACCCAUAACCCGACGUUCAUUCUUCCCCGGCGGUCGUUCGCUGCCACGCCGACGGGAUCCUCGUCCCGACAUCGCUCCCUACGCCGCGCCGCACCGACAAUCAUCCCAAAAAGGUACAUCCGCUAUGCGCGCGAGACAAGAAUCUUUCUUCUACGCGCUAGUCUCCGCCAACCCUUCCUUAUUCCAGAUCAAGCCAUCCAAUCUCGAAGGACCGCUCUUCAAAGGCCUCUGGCUACAGGAUGGGCUCCCGGUGCGCCGCGAACUUCGUGGAACGAAUGGCGAAUUCGCGCAUGUCCAUGGUGAGGGUAGCACUCAUUUGGUGUUUAGCCUAGCCGACUCAGCCGCGGCUAUCGAGAAUGGUUGGGCUGAGAGGCAUCCCAUGAGUGGUGUUGGAAGAAUAAUGACGUGGGGAUACGUGAUGGUCUAUGCGCCGCGGGAUGAAGAGGAUUUCAAGGUAUGGAGGCAAUUCAUUAUCACGAGCGCGAAGUAUGCCCUCGGUGGCGAGGCGGAAGUCGUGAUGCCGUAGGAAUAGUAAAUGAGGAAACUAGAAGCUAGAAUACCGUGAUAGUUAGAUAUGUCGAUGAUGUUAUGGGGCAAGAACUGAGAAAAUCUCCCCUCCAGAAGGU